AUGGAAGAUCCAGAUGCUGAUACAGAAUGGAAUGACAUUCUCCGCGAACAUGGUAUUCUGCCAAAGAAAAAAGGACCGACUGAAGAUGAAAUCUUUGAAGCAAUGGAAGAGGUGAUUGCGGCGAGAAAUGAGAACCGCUUAGAUGCAAAGUCGCUUGACGAGUUGGAUGAAUUAGAGGAUGAGGAGGAUGAUAGAGUGUUAUUAGAAUAUAGAAAGAAGAGAAUGGCCGAGUUAAAAGCUGAAGCAGAACGCGCGAAAUACGGGCAAUACGUUCAAAUAUCUAAACCUGAUUUCAUUCGAGAAGUCACUGACGCGAGCAAGGAAGAUUGGGUAAUAGUACAUUUAUUUAAAGAUGCGAUCCCCGAGUGUAAAUUAAUGAACGCUCUUCUAAACACACUAGCCGCGAGAUAUAAAUCAACAAAAUUCCUAAAGAUAGUAGGUGAUGAUUGUAUUCCAGGAUAUCCGGACAGAAAUCUGCCUACUUUGUUAAUUUAUGGAAGAGGCGAUCUUCAACAACAGGUAGUCGGUAUACAAAAGUUCGGCGGGAUGGGAACAACAAUUGAAGUACUAGAAGAAUUCCUGGGAUCAGUGGGUGCUAUUGAAAUUUCUAAACGAAGAGACCCGAAAAAUGAUCAUGAAGAAAAUUCAUCAACACGGAAAUCGAUAUAUAGCAAAAACUCUGCUACAGCAGCAUUGAGUGACGACGACGACGACUAUUCAGAUUAUUAG